AUGCCAACAACAGAAACGGGGGAUGGAUCAAUACCAGUAGCGGCAGCAGCUGCCUCUCCGUCGCAGCACAAUUUGGCGCAUAUAGGGCAGCAGCAAAAGGGAGAAUGUGCAGCGACAGUGGGACUGCCGGGUCGUCGUGAAGCCGAGUCCCUCCAGCCGCUCUUUCCUAAUCCUCACCUUCCCCCACCACUUAUUGUUGAAGGCCGUAAUAGCGGACAAAGUACAUCUGAGAAGCUUUCUCUAGUACGGCGGGAAACGAAAUCGCAGGAGUCGCGCAGUUGCAUUGUCCAUGGUCAUGACUUGAUGGAAAAAAAGCAGAGGCAAUCAGUGCCCCUAGGAACACAGAGAAGUCCUUCUGUGGAGACGUUGGCUCGCAAGCAGGAGAGUGACUUGCAGAGAGAGGGCGGUGAAGCUCCCCUAGCUGCUCCUGAGGGUGCGGCUGACCCGUUGCGUAGCUCUGUCAGCGUUGACCCAUUCCUUGCUGCAGCGUUGUUGCGGCAUCUUGCUCACACGCAAGACAAGAAAAACCCACAGUUGAUAUCUGGACUGCUUGCAUCUGUUGCUUUGGCAGCCACAAGGUUUGGGCAGCAACAGCAGCAUCAGAUGCGGCAACAAUGCUCAACCCGGCUUGAGAAGAAUUGUUCCCUUUUGGUAGACGGAUCAGAGAAGAGUUGUUUUUCAACAGCGGAAGCAUCUAUGAAUGUUAUUCCUGGCUGUGAUAAACACGCAAUUUCUGCAAAUGUGGCAGCUUCUACAAUACAGACUGCAGAUGUAGGAGCAGCGAGCGCUGCGGUUGCGGUUAAUAGACAAUACGGCUUCGCCAUGGGCACCCAUGAGUUGUGCAAAAGCCGGACAGUCUCUGCUUUGGCAGCCGCAGUAGUGGUAAAUGACCACGGCGAGAACUUGUUCAGCUGCAACAGGAUGAGCUAUACUCCACUUAUCAAGACCUCCCGUGAACAGCCUCAAGCAGAAGAACUGAAGACUACUGCGAAAACGCUCCCUGAGGCACAGGAAUCCGCUAGAACAGGUCAGCGGCCCUUAGGCGCCGUUAUCGUCCCCACAGGCCUUGAUACCAUAGAGAUGUUGAGGCGGCGCGGGUUGCACAAGAGCUUAGAAUUUGUAACUUCGCCAUGGAGCAGUUUCAUAUCUCAGUUUGGGAGAGUUAUUGAUGUUGACAUGGAUGGCGCAAGGUUGAGCAGCAACAGACGCCUGGCCGCAAGAGACCGCUCUGUGGAGAAGGGUUUUUUGCCGGCAGGAGCUGAAAUUACGCGAAUUGUGACACGGCGAGAGGCAAGCAGACGCUACGCACUCGUUCACGCGGACUUGUCUUUACGAAACGCUUGCUUUAGUUGA